UUUCAUACACACUCUCAUACACAAAUUAAAUACAUACAAUUAUACCUACUUUGAAAGGAUAUGGAUAAUUUUUCUAUAUAAAUACGAAUUAAAUUAAUUAAUUUCGAUUAAGACAAAAAAGAGAGGAGAAUUAAUUAAUCAGCUUGAUUUUUUUCUGCAUCUUCUCAAAACAUACACACUUGUACGUACUCUUCGUCCUUCGAAUCCACCCUUUAUAAGACCCCACCUAAUCUUUAAACAAAAUAUAUCUACUCUCGAAAAAUAUUCUUAAAAAGAAAAUAGAACUGAACUAUCGCGCGGAUAGAAAGUCGUUCCUUUUGUUUUUUAUAGUCCAGUGGUAAAAACAGGAUAAAAUAAAUUGUGAAUAAUUGUUUCUCUUUUGUGUACAUGAAAUCAAAGUUAAUCUUAAAAAAAAACAAACGCUUUUAAAAGCCGCAUAAUAAUACAAUUAUUGCCGCACCUUAAAAUAGUGUAUAUACACCCAAAGAAGAAAACUACUCUAUCUACACAUCGCGUUUGCUUUUGCUUGCUUCCUUGCUUGCUUGCUUGGUGCACACACAGGAUAGGAUAGGACAUCAUCAUAUGUAGGAAAGCACCAGAAAUAUACCUACAACUACAACAACAACAACAAAACAGAAUCAGAAACAACUGAAACAACUACAACUACACAACGAGCGACGUCGACGUGGACACGACACGAGUAGAGCAGCAAAACGGCGAAUACAGGAAUUGCAGUAGCAGUAACAGCAGCAGCAAUUGCAAUAAAUUUUGCAGCAGGACGAACGACAAUGAAGAAAACGCACCAACACAAAGCACAAAAGAAUUAAAAAUCAAUCUAUUUGAAAUUUAAGGAUACUAUAGACAAAAAAAAAGGACUUCAGAAAACUUAAAAAAAUACGCCCUAAAUUUGUCUAAGAAUAGAAAAACAAUCGCGUGAUUUUUUAAGAUAAAUCGGAAUAAAAGGAUAUUUAUAUACAUAUAUAUACAUAUGUACCUAUAUUCUACUACAACAACUGUACUCCUCCUACUCAAAAGGAUUCCUUUUCUAUAUUUUUACUACUCAUAGGAGUCACGCCAUCGUCAUACAUAAAGUUUAUUGAAGUCGUCGUCUUCGUCGUCGAAGUUUAUACUUAAAGUCGAGGAGAAUUCGCGGCGGGGUUGUGUGUGUGUUUUUUUUUCUAAUUUGUUUGUUAACAAAAAGAAAGAAAAAAAUUAUAAUUUUCAAAAAUUCUAGUGCAAUAAAAACUACCUACACUUUUAAUCAAAUCAAAAAGAAGGAUAUUUUGUUAUAUUAAUUUAUCUCGAUGUGUAUGUGAUGUGUUGUGACAAAAAGGAUAUAAAACUGUGAAAUAUUAUUAUUUCCUCUCUACAAGGAUUCUGAUGCAUUUAAACCACAAAAAACAAGCUUUCUCCUAUUUUGCCACAGUAGUUCUUCCAGAGGCUAGCUAAUAAUAUAAAGAAAGGAAGAAAAUUUUUUAAAUAAAAAAGCAAAACGAAAAAUCAGGACAACAAGGAGUGUUUUAUUUAUAUAUCGUUCUUUGUGUUAAAUAUAUAAGAGAGUAUAAGAAGAAGCUUUUUUAUACACAUAUUGUGAUCGAUUUUACAACAAAACAAAAACAAAAAUAAGAAAGAAUUAAAAUAAAAAAUAAACAAAAAACACAAGCUUAAUAAAAACAACGUUCUACACACUAAUUAAUUCGCUAACCUCAGCAUCUCAACAGUUUAAGCAAAAAAGCGUUCGUUUAUGUGUUAAAUUUACAAAAAAGAAAAAAAAAAACAUAAUUAAUUAUUAAUUAAAAAUUGUAUCAGUAUUAUUAGCUAUAGAACAUUUCUCUUACUAUCAACAAACAUUUAUAAACAAAAACAAUUACUUCUAAUUAGUAAAAAUUUUAUCAAACGUACAUUUUCUUUGUUAACACAUUAAGAAAAGAAAAGUUUAUCAACAACUUAUUAAAAAUUUGAAAAAAAUCCUUAAUCGAAAGGAUCUCAUACAACACCUACACCCCUUUCCUACCUACUACCCUGAACAUUUUAUUGUUACCACUAAAACACAUAUUUUAAUCAAAUCUCUAAAUGAUGACCAGCGGAAUGGUUGAAGGUCAACAGCAACAACAGCAGAAUGGCGGAAGUGGCAGUUCAUCGGAAGAUCCAAAAACCAAUUUGAUUGUAAAUUAUCUGCCACAGACAAUGUCACAGGAGGACAUUCGGUCUUUGUUUGUCAGUGUUGGUGAAGUUGAAAGUUGCAAGCUGAUCCGUGAUAAAGUUACAGGCCAAAGUCUCGGCUAUGGUUUUGUUAACUAUGUUAAACAAGAAGAUGCCGAAAAAGCAAUAAACUCCUUAAAUGGUCUUCGUUUACAAAAUAAAACCAUUAAAGUGUCAAUCGCCCGUCCUAGCUCAGAAUCAAUUAAGGGAGCAAAUCUAUAUGUAUCUGGUCUUCCAAAGAAUAUGACCCAACCAGAUCUAGAAGUACUAUUCAGUCCAUUUGGAAAAAUAAUUACCUCAAGAAUUUUAUGCGACAAUAUCACAGGUGGAGCUAGUAGUGAUUCCGGUCUUUCAAAAGGUGUCGGCUUCAUUCGGUUUGAUCAACGCCAUGAGGCAGAUCGUGCCAUCAAGGAACUGAACGGAACUGUACCGAAAAACGCCACCGAUCCAAUUACAGUGAAAUUCGCCAACAACCCGAGCAGCAGCAAAGCUUUGGCACCUCUCGCCGCUGCCUAUAUUGCGCCCCAAAAUCCACGAGCGAGAUUUGCAGGUGGAGCUGCUGCCGCUGCAGCUGCUGCUGCCAUACAUCAUCCUACCGCUGCUGGACGUUAUAGUUCGGUUAUUCCCAGAUAUUCCCCACUGACUGGUGAUCUCUUAGCCAACACAAUGAUUCCGGGGAAUACCAUCAAUGGAUCUGGUUGGUGUAUUUUUGUUUAUAAUUUGGCCCCAGAGACUGAAGAGAAUGUGUUGUGGCAAUUGUUUGGACCGUUUGGGGCCGUGCAAUCAGUUAAGGUAAUUCGUGAUCUCCAGACAAACAAAUGCAAAGGAUUCGGCUUCGUUACAAUGACCAAUUACGAAGAAGCUGUUGUUGCUAUACAAUCAUUAAAUGGUUAUACAUUGGGCAAUCGGGUCUUACAAGUCAGCUUCAAAACAAACAAACAAAAGCAAACGUAAUUUUUACAAAUACUAAAUCGAAAUCAAUUGUUUGCGUUUUUAAAUUUACUUUUACAUUAAUUUUUUAUUUGUAUUUCAAAAAGUCCGCAUUAUUAUUUAUUUAUUUUCGUUUUAAGUGUGAAGUUUUAUUUUUUCUUAAUAUUGUUAAGUUUUAUUUUUUUUUGUUUACGCGGUCUUUUGUUUUUCUUUUUCUUGUAAAUCAUGUUAAUUUAAACAAGAACAAAAAAAAAAACAAAACUUCAUGUUAAUAAUAAUUAAUGCAAAACAUACACAAAAAGUUUUAAGGCUACUAAACUAAAGAACAGAAAAUUGUUACAAAAAACCUAAAACUAAGAGAAAUUCACAACUUGUACUGAAUUCCAUGAUUAUUGUAGAAACAAAAACUAAACACUAAUUUUUAUAAUAUUUCUUACUUCGAGAUAAUACCAAACGAAAUUAUGUUAAUAUCCACACUUUAUUUUCCUACAAUCGAAAAAUGUGCUCGAUUUUCAAUUCAUUCAUUUUUUUUUUCUAUUAUCUAAGAAUUUAAUUUCUUUUGGUUAAUUUUUUUUUCUGUUUACAAAAAUAAUUUAUUGCACGUAGGAAAAAAUGCAAAUUUAAGCAAAAAUAUAAAACCAAGAGAAAAAAUAAUGCAGAGAAAUGAGAUAAUGAGAUAAAAACACCAUUUUUAAGAAAAUAAAACAAAACAAAGAAUAUUAAUAAAAAAUAUUAUACACCUUACUAUAUUAUUAUUAAUAUUAUUAUAUAUACAUUUAUAUAAAAUAUUAUAUUAUAUAUAUUUAAUCUACAAUUGAGACAAAAAAAAAACUAAAAAUAAAACAAAACAAAAAUCAAUAAAAAAAAUCAUGAUUUUCACAAAUACAUAAAUUUACACAUUUUGAUUCCAAAACUAAAAUAAUAAGAAGAAAUAUUAAUAACGAAAACGUAUGUGAGAGGAACGUAUACAAUUAAUAUAACAAUAAAAACAAAUAUUUAUAUGUAUAAUAUAUAAAAAUUUUGUAGAUACAAAAUAAUAAUAAAAGAAAAAAAUCAUCUAACAAAAACAAAAAAAAACAAGAACUCAUAAGAGAAAAUAAAUUUUUAUUAUUAUUAACUAUUAUUAUCAAUUCGACACAACACAAAGAAAAGAAAUGAAAACAAAAUUUAAAAUUAUUGUAGCAAAAUUUAAUCGUUAUCGUAGAAUAAAUUUCGUUAGUAUUUAUUCCUUUUGAUUUUACUUCUUUGUUGUUUUUUUUCUAUUUUUUAAAAAUUGUAAAAGAAGGAAUUUUCGAAAUUAUCUCUUUUGGUUCUUAAUAAAACCACAAAACCAAAAAUAAUAACAAAACAAAAAAAAACAACUAUCAAAUUCUUUAUCCCUCCUAAUAUAUUUAUAUAAAAAAUUACCUACACAAAUAUAUAUUACAAACAAACAAAAUAUAAUAAUUAAUUUAAACAAAGUUUAUAAUUAAUUAAAGAAAAAUAUUUGUAGUAGUUAAUUAUAGAAGUUUUAGAAAUUUUUAUAAAAAAAUCUUCUUUUCCUUAAACAAAAAACGAGCAGCAUAUAGAAAAUAACUGUGUUAGAAAAGUCAAGAAGAGGGGUUUUAUAAAAAAACGUUCAUUUUAAGUCUAUACAUUUCUAAAUUAACUUUUAUUAUCCUCGUCAGGGUCGGAGCUUUCUAUUUUUUUCCAUUCCACACCAUUAAAAUUCUAAAACUCUUUUCCGGAGUGACACUGGUAAAGCUUUUGAUAUUUUGAAAAUUUAUUCUUUUAAAUGGGCUCCUUUUAUAAAAGACACCUCAAAUCAAUAAAGGCUUUCGCAUUUUCUAUGCUUAAUUAAGAUUUGAUUUUAUCAUUUUAUUAAUACAUAAUUGACAUACCUUAAUUUAUGAGGGUAUUUUGUAGCUUAGUUUUGAUUCCGCAGUUUUUUUAACACUGUUCCCUAAAAAAGGACAAAAACCCCUCCUAGUUUAGUUUCGAUUCCAAAGCUUUUUAAUAAAUUCUAUCCGCUUUUGAUUAUUGUUCCUUAAAGAGGACACAUUUUUUUAACCCUAAAGGUUUGUUAUAAAAAAAACAUCAAACAACUUUUCUUUAUCUUUGAAAUAAUUUCAAAGCUGAAAAAACCUCACUUCUUGACUAUUCUAUCCGCCUUUUUUUAUAUGACAACUUGAUUUAAUUCUCAAUUAAUAUAAAUUUAAUUAAACCAAAAAUUAUAUUAAAACAAAUGCUUAAAAUUAAAAUUAGUAAAAAAAGAUCGCAUAAGUAGAAAAAUUAAAAUUUAAAGUUUCAAUCACAAAAAAGAAGAAGAAAUAAAUUUAAAAUACAACAAAAACAAAAACUAAUAGAAAACAAAACUACACCAACGUUAAACAACGAAAAAAUAGAAAUUUAUUUUACUAUCUGUGGUUUCAACAAGUAAACAACAACAACAAAUAAAAACAGUUUUCUUUGCUUCUUUACAAUUUUAUUUGGUUUUCCAGCACAAAAAAAUUAAAAUAUUUGUUUCAACGAAGGAAAAAUAAAACAAUGAAACCAAAUUUUUCUGUCACAUUUUAAUGUCUUUUAACAAAAU